CAUUUGGCAGAUUUUUUUCUCUUCGCGGUCUCCAUCGUUCUCACUGAGUCACAGCUCGGUACAUAUAAAUACAGCCAAUCAUCGCUCGGCUUUCGAGCCGUCGUUUUCUCCUUUCUUCUCUGUUGAAGCCCUAGAGUUUCUCCUCUUGCAGCCAUCAACUUCAUCGAGUUUUAGCUCGAAUAUUCAUCAGCUAUGUCGAGGAAGAUGCUCAUAGAUGGGGAACUGAGCCAUCCGGCUGAAGCGGAGGAACGCUACGACUUCGAUUUAUUUGUUAUUGGAGCAGGAAGUGGUGGUGUUCGUGCUAGUAGAUUUUCAGCUAGUCAUGGAGCGAAGGUUGGCAUCUGUGAGCUUCCAUUCGAUCCAAUCAGCUCAGAAGUAAUUGGAGGAAUUGGCGGAACGUGUGUUAUUCGUGGUUGUGUUCCCAAAAAGAUUCUGAUGUAUGGGGCAACUUUUGGUCCUGAGCUUCAGGAUGCUCGAAGUUAUGGUUGGGAUGUGCAUGAGAAAGUGGAUUUUGAUUGGAAGAAGCUUUUGAAAAAGAAGACAGAUGAGAUAGUACGAUUAAAUGGAAUUUACAAGCGUUUACUGACUAAGUCGGGAGUAAAAAUGUAUGAAGGAGAGGGAAAGAUUGUUGGUCCACAUGAAGUUGAGGUGACACAACUUGAUGGUACCAAAAUAGGCUAUUCAGCAAAGCACAUUCUGAUUGCGACUGGCAGUAGAGCUGUCAUUCCUGAUAUUCCUGGGAAGGAGUUGGGGAUAACAUCUGAUGAGGCUUUGAGUUUGGAGGAGUUGCCUAAGCGUGUUGUGGUGCUUGGAGGAGGGUACAUUGCUGUUGAAUUUGCUUCAAUCUGGAAUGGUAUGGGUGCUAAGGUUGAACUAUGUUUCAGAAGGGAACUUCCACUGGGAGGUUUUGAUGAUGAAAUGAGAGCAGUGGUUGCAAGGAAUCUGGAAGGCAGAGGAAUUAAUAUGCACCCAAGAACAAAUUUGACAGAAGUAUUUUCCAUGAUUUUCCCUCUUUUAACCUAUUUCAAAUGUUUCCAUUGUAUGUAUUUAAACAUUUUGAUAAUACCGGNCUUUAAUCUUGCGCUUUCAGUGUACCCAGGUGUUCAUAAACAUGGAAUCGUAAUGCUAAUUGAAAACGAGUUGGGGAUAACAUCUGAUGAGGCUUUGAGUUUGGAGGAGUUGCCUAAGCGUGUUGUGGUGCUUGGAGGAGGGUACAUUGCUGUUGAAUUUGCUUCAAUCUGGAAUGUUUGUGUUACAGGUCGUGCUCCUAAUUCAAAAAGAUUAAAUUUGAAAGCAGUUGGUGUCGAAGUUGAUGAACAUGGUGCUGUGAAGGUGGAUGAUUAUUCACGCACGAGUGUACCUAGUAUAUGGGCUGUUGGAGAUGUUACUAACCGAAUGAAUCUUACGCCCGUGGCUUUAAUGGAGGGAUCAUUCUUUGCAAACACUGUUUUUGGCGGUGAACCUACCAAACCAGAUUACAAUCAUGUGCCCUAUGCUGUAUUCUGCAUACCACCUCUCUCUGUUGUGGGCCUAAGUGAAGAAGAAGCUAUACAAAGAGAAAAGGGUGAUAUUCUGGUGUUCACUUCUUCCUUCAAUCCAAUGAAGAAUACAAUCUCUGGACGACAAGAGAAGACAGUGAUGAAACUAGUGGUUGAUGCUGACACCCAAAAGGUCCUUGGCGCAUCCAUGUGCGGACCAGAUGCUCCCGAAAUUAUGCAGGGAAUUGCUGUCGCUCUAAAAUGUGGAGCAACCAAGCAACAGUUUGACAGCACUGUGGGAAUACACCCAUCUGCAGCAGAGGAGUUUGUGACGAUGCGAACUGUAACCAGGCGAGUUGAAGCGAGUGGCAAAUUGAAGACAAAUCUGUAAUCCUACUCCCCACACAUAUAUUUGUAUUUUUUAUUAUUUAUUUUAUAUUGUUGUUUCGGUGUCAUUGAGUUUCUCUUGAUUGUGGGUAAUCAUCCUCCAUGUGGGCCCAGGGACAUACUUUUCUACUGAUUUGUUAUUGUGCAUUCGGUUGUGAUGAUUUUCGCAUCUUUUAUUUUUUCC